GUUAUUUAUAUUCCUAAACUGGCCUUGCUUGAUUUUUUUUUGCAGAAUGGAUUCCAAACAGAAGAUGAAAGUUAUUGCCUGCUUGAUUUUACAUUUCGAAUUAAUGAAUGACCUUAUGAUUAAGUUGUUGAUAAUUUGCUAUGUUUUGAUUAUAUUGCAAUGGAAAAAAAAGAAAAGAAAAUGGAAUGAUAGUUAUAGUAGGCAAGUAAUAAGAGAUGUUAGUGUUGAUAGGAUUAUUUAUUUUAGUGAUCUAGCAUGUAUAGAAAACACAAGAAUGGAUAGAUGUGCCUUUCAUGCAUUGUGUAACAUGCUUAAAAGGGUUGGAAGGUUAGAACCAAGUAGGAAUAUGGGUGUGGAAGAAAUGGUUGCCAUGUUUUUACAUAUUAUAGCACAUGACGUCAAAAUUAGAGUAAUAAAGAGACAAUUUGUGAGAUCUGAAGAAACAAUUAGUAGGCGGUUUAAUGAUGUAUUGCUUGCUAUUUUGAGAUGUCAUAAUCUCUUACUGAAGAAACCUCAACCAUUUAGCCAGGAUAAAAUGGAUGAACGAUGGAAAUGGUUUAAAGAUUGCCUAGGAGCCUUAGAUGGUACUCAUAUCAAAGUCAAUGUCCUUGAGGCUGAUAAGCCUAGAUAUCGAAACAGAAAAGGUGACAUAACAACCAAUGUGCUUGGAGUGGUUGCUCCCGAUAUGCAAUUUAUCUACGUACUAGCGGGUUGGGAGGGUUCAGCUGCGGAUUCUAGGGUAUUGCGAGAUGCACUAUUUUGCAAUGGGUUUAGUGUUCCCCAAGGUCAUUAUUACUUAUGUGAUGCUGGAUAUAUGAAUUGUGAAGGAUUUUUGGCACCUUAUAGAGGACAAAAAUAUCAUUUGAGUGAGUUUAAUCCACAUAAUUAUUUGAUAUUAGGGGUAUUUUAG